AUGAUGGAUCCUCAAGCCUGUGCUGGCCCACGGAAACCCAGCCUAUCCUUUUCCAUUGAGGAAAUAUUAAAGAAGCCUUCUGCUGGCACCGCCCUGAGCAGCAAAACCAGGAACAGAAGAAACCAUGCUGAGAGACCUCCAGACUUAAAAGUAGGGUCACCACUGGCCUUUGAUUCCCUCAGCAGGAGUCAGUUAGACUGUGACUUAUCAUCAGCCAAAAUGCUUUUCACUGGCACAUGUGCUACAUCCAUGGCCAGGGCAGAGAAAGUACAAGUAGCUUACUGCAGAAAACCUGCUGACAGCCCAGCUUCCCUCCUGGUUGAGGACACAGGACAUGAACACCUAGCAGGCAAAAGAAAACAUGAGGAAGAAGAAGAUCAGCUAUGUCAUUUCCCUGUGGACCAUCCACUUCAUGUUGAGAGGAAAGGGAAACGGAGAAUUCGGACGACGUUCACAGCUGAGCAGCUCCAGGAACUGGAGAAGAUUUUCCAAGUGACUCACUACCCUGAUGUCCACAUUCGCAAUCAACUGGCAGCAAAGAUAAACCUCCCAGAAGCCAGAGUUCAGAUCUGGUUCCAGAACCAGCGAGCAAAAUGGAGGAAACAUGAAAAAAUUGGCAACUUUGGUGGACUUCAGCAUCUGACAGAAGUUGAUUUCAUUCCUGCUCCCAAGUCAGAUACCACAGCUCCUAGCUUGAUGCCAAGAAAGCUGUCUGCUACCGUUCCUGCCAUGGGACACUACUCACCACUGCAAGGGCAGCUGACAAGUGCCUGGCUGCCCAGCACGCUCUCCUUCGUCCCUUACCACUUGGAGCUGAUGCCCUUCCCAAAACCAUGCUGGCUCUUCAACGUCCUCCCCAUUUAUGGCACACCACUACCCCACAAAUUGGAAAGGAGCAGUACCUGCACCAGCUUCACAUAG